ACUUGACCAAAAAAUAUACUCCUUUAUUCCAUUUUUAAACCACCUAGCCUUUUUUAAAGAAGGAAAAUUCUCAACGCUAUGAUAUGCUCAUUUACUUCCCUAUAUAAGUUGCACAAGAGAAUUGAAAAACCCAGAAACUUGUAGAAACAAGUAAGAAAACUUCAAAAAUCUUUAAUUUAAUCAAAAUCAUCACAAUCAACAAUCAUGUCGUGGCAAGCUUAUGUUGAUGAUCAUUUGAUGUGUGAAAUUGACGGCAACCAUCUUACCUCCGCCGCUAUUACUGGCCUCGACGGCACCGUUUGGGCUCAGAGCCCUGAUUUUCCUCAGCUCAAGCCUGAAGAGGUUGAAGGCAUCAUCAAGGACUUUGAGGAGCCUGGAACACUUGCUCCUACUGGCUUACACCUUGGCGGCACAAAAUAUAUGGUGAUCCAAGGCGAACCUGGAGCUGUGAUCAGAGGAAAGAAGGGCCCUGGAGGUGUUACCAUCAAGAAGACCAAACAAGCUUUGAUAAUAGGAAUCUAUGAUGAGCCCAUGGCUCCUGGUCAGUGCAAUAUGCUUGUAGAAAGGAUUGGUGAUUACCUUAUUGAGCAGGAAAUGUAAAUAGACUAAGUGAAAAUAUACACCCGAUUGUAUGUGGACAAGUUUGGAGCUUUGGGGUUUCUUCAACCAUAUUCAAUCGUUUUAUAUCUAUGGAUUUAUCGUGGUCUUUCCGCAGAAGCAAAAUUGGAUACUUUUCUGGUGAAGAUGUGUGUAUUAUGUUGAAAGGACUUAUAAGUUAUAAUUGUGAUUGUGUUGUGUGUACCUAAACAGUUGAUGGAACUAAGAUGCAUGUAACACUGACAUGCUACGAUUUUUCGUCUAAAAAUAUUGUUGGUUGA